AUGUCCAGCCCAAUUGGUGAGGUCGAGGCACAACCCGUUCAGCCAGCUGCGGCAUCUACGGCAAACGCCCCAUCAGCAUCAGCCGACAUCGAAGUUGACAGCGAAGUAAGAAACGAUGCCUCGACCAUGGAUGAUCGCAUGUCUUCGUAUACUGCCUCUCUAUCUUCAUCGGUGGUAGACUAUCCGACUGAAUAUGGUCGAACGUAUCACGCAUUUCGAGCUGGCUCCUACAACUUUCCAAAUGACGAGAGAGAGUCGGACAGACUGGAUUUGACGCAUACUGUAAUGGUCAAGACCAUCGGCAACAAGCUCUUCCUUGCACCCAUCGACGAAGCUAAAACGCAUCGCAUACUAGACAUAGGCACCGGAACCGGUAUCUGGGCAAUCGAGGUGGGGGAUUUCUUCCCCAAUGCCGAGGUAACCGGAAUUGACUUGAGUCCCAUUCAGCCACCUUGGGUACCUCCAAAUGUCAAGUUUGAGGUCGACGACGUCGAAAGCCCCUGGGUAGGCAACAAGAAGUACAACUUCAUCUUCAGCCGCUACAUGGCAGGCUCCAUCGCGGAUUGGCAGCUGUACAUCAGCCGAAUCUUUGAGAACCUGACUCCUGGCGGAUGGGCGGAGUUCCAAGACUGGAGUUUGAUGCUCGACUCAGACGACGGGUCCCUCAACAAUACCCAGACACAUCGAUGGGCCACCCUAUUCAUGGAAGCCUGUGCGAACCUCGGCCGAGACGGGGCACCGGGGCCGAGUUUGAACUCAUGGGUGAAAGACCAAGGCUUUCAAAACGACAUUGGCAUGUGCAACCUGAUUCAGAUGCUCGAAGGGCUUGACGCAUUCACCCUAAAGCUCUUCUGCACCGCACUGGAUUGGACUAGGGAGGGGGCGCUCGUGUUGCUCUCACAGGUCCGUCAGGAGAUGAAAGCCUGCAAGUCGCACGUCUACCUGCACUUCCAUAUGGUCUAUGGGCAGAAGCCUGAGCCAGAGGUCUGA